AUGGCCAAGCCGCAGAUGCGCGUCGGCCGCAGCCGCGUCCCAAUCAAGCGACGGCGCCUCCUGGAGCCGGAGUCCGUUGCGACGCUCAUGACGCCGUGUUCCAGGAACUGUCCCCGCCCAAGCCCCGCCCAGAGCCAAGAGCCGUCGGUAUCUGAAGAGACCAAUUCAUGGCCACUCGAGGCAAGUGAAGGCGACGACCUUGGCGUCCAGGACGAUGGUGGCCUCGACGUCCAGAACGAUGGCAGCCCCGACUGUCGAGACGCUGCCGGUCUUGACGCCCAGGACGAUGACGACCUCGUUAAUCCGUACGAUGAUCCACUCGACGACCCCAGCGACGAUGAGGAAGACGCGAUGACCACCAACACCAAACAACGUGAUCCAGAUGCACGUGCCUCGGCGUCCCGACAUGCAUCCAAGGAGCAACGUCGACUCGCAGCUUUCGCCAAGUACCUUUAUCCCUGCGUGCGCGCGCUAUGCUUCUUCAAGAACCCCGUGUCUGUCGACCGCCCGUGCGAUGUCUAUGGCUGCAACGCCAGCGCUGCCUUUGGUCACAAGGUCGUGCAAGGCACUACAAAGUCGACCGUCAAGAACGUCAAGAACGUCGAGUGCUGCGAAGGAAGCCUUACCAAGUCGUACUUCGUGCGGCUGCAUACGUUCGACAUCGACGCCGACAAGAUUUUCGUCAAGACAUGCGCCGAUCACCAUAUUGCCCGCCUUGCAAAGCCUAGUCGAAUGAUUUUGCUGUCGUAG